AUGUUGAAAUUAAGCUUGGCCAGAGCUGGAAAGUCCGUGUUCCACAAGAGCCCACUCCGAACCAGAGGUGCUGACAUUGUACAGGGAUUAAAGUUUUCGUCUUCAAAAGCCUUCCCCAGGCACCGCACUAAAUUCCCUACCCCUUUGAAGGUCACCGGUGGUCUUGGUAUCACAGGUGCUGUGUUGUAUUUUACAAAUCAAAUCUUCCAUGAUACCACCAAAAACACCAUUUCCAUCUGUGAGAGAGUAGGCGUAGUGACCGUGGCAACAUUCAGGUGCUUCAAGCUCUAUAAAGAUGCUCUUGAUGCUGAGUACCACACUCCUAGAGACCGAGAACUCGCAUUGAAGAGAACUCAUAAAAGAGCCGCCUAUAUCACGUUGAAAGCUCUUGAGACAAACGGGGGAAUCUUUAUUAAACUUGGCCAACAUAUCACCGCGUUGACCUAUUUGUUGCCCGAAGAAUGGACGUCUACUAUGAUUCCUUUACAAGAUCGGUGUCCGCAGUCCACGAUAGAAGAGAUCAGAGAAAUGUUCAAGUCAGAUUUGGAUGUUUCGUUGGACGAGAUGUUUAGUGACUUCAGUGUUGAGCCCGUGGGAGUAGCUUCUCUUGCUCAGGUUCAUAUGGCUACUUUGAGAAAUACUGGCCAGAAGGUGGCUGUUAAGGUUCAACAUCCUUCGUUGAAAAAGUUUGUACCUUUAGAUGUCAAGCUCACGCAGUUGGUGUUCGCCUUGAUGUAUAAAGUGUUCCCUGAAUAUCCGUUGACAUGGUUGGGUGAUGAGAUGCAGAGUUCUAUCUUUGUAGAGUUGGACUUCACGAACGAAGCUAGAAAUGCCCAACGCACUGACGAGUUUUUCAAGAACAGAAGAAGCAUCACCGCUUUGAGAAUUCCCCAAAUAGUGAGUGCAAACAAGCGUAUCUUGAUUAUGGAGUGCGUUAUCGGGUCAAGGUUGGACAACAUACAGUACUUAAAGACAAAUAAAAUCGAUCCAGCUGAAGUAUCUUCAUGCUUGUCUCACAUAUUCAAUAGUAUGAUAUUUGAACCUGGUGCUUCUUUACACUGCGAUCCUCACGGAGGGAACUUGGCCAUCAGAGCAUUGCCCAAGACUCAGUCGAAGAAUGGUCACAACUUUGAGAUUGUCUUGUACGAUCACGGUUUAUACAGAGAUAUUCCUCUUGAGAUGAAACGGGAUUACUCUCAUUUCUGGUUGGCUGUGCUUGAUAAGAAUGUUCCCGAGAUGAAGAAGUAUGCAGAGAAGUUUGCUGGUAUUGAAGGAGAACAGAAGUUCAAGAUAUUUUUGUCUGCAAUUACUGGAAGAGAUCCCAAUACUGCAAUGAACUAUGAUAUUUCCAGCAGGAGAACCGAACAGGAAUCUGCAAGUAUCCAAACACAGCUUCAUAGCACUGAAGGAGCACUUGAGGACUUGAUGAGCAUUCUUAGCCACAUGCCCAAGAUCGUGUUGUUAAUAUUGAAAACCAAUGAUCUUACUAGGCAUUUGGACGAGGACCUCAAGAGUCCAUUAGGCCCUGAACGUACCUUUUUGAUUCUUGCAAGGUACUGUGCUGAAACGGUUUACCUCGAAGCCAAAGCUCAAAUUCCACUAAGCACUAAGAAGUACUCUCUUGGAUGGUUGUCUCAAACAAUAAGUGCAUGGUGGUCGUACCAAAAGAGGCUCAACUCGUUACUAGUUUAUGAUGUCUACAUGAUGUUUGCCAACUUCAGGAAGUCAUUUAGUUAA